CAGACCCAGACCCCGUCUCGUCUCGGACACUCCCAAGUCCCAACCUAGUUCUCCCUCAGACUUGCUCCUCCUCACCGUGGUGGACUGACUGAAGCUCUCUGCUCCGACGCAGCUCCUCAACGGCAGAUUCUCUGCUUUUCUUUCCCUCAGCGGAUUUUGGCUGUGCUCGUUAAAGAUCUUCCAGUAGCUUCUUUUUCGCAUCUACAAUGUUCAAAAAAUUUUCCUCUGAAGAUGUCUCUGCACAAAACCAGGUCAAGGCAUCUGUACAACGCAGAAUUCGGCAAAGUAUUGCAGAAGAGUAUCCUGGACUUGAACCUGUGUUGGAUGAUUUGCUUCCCAAGAAAUCUCCUCUGAUUGUUACUAAAUGUCAAAACCAUCUAAAUUUGGUUGUGGUAAACAAUGUGCCACUGUUUUUUAACAUUCGUGAUGGCCCUUAUAUGCCUACCCUAAGACUUCUGCAUCAAUAUCCAAAUAUAAUGAAAAAAUUACAAGUAGAUAGGGGUGCAAUAAAAUUUGUUCUAGCUGGUGCAAACAUUAUGUGUCCCGGUCUUACAUCUCCUGGGGGUUUUCUGGAUGAAGAAGUGGGUGCAGAAACUCCUGUGGCCAUAAUGGCUGAAGGAAAGCAGCAUGCUCUUGCAAUUGGUUUUACAAAAAUGUCAGCAAAGAAUAUAAAGGCAGUCAACAAGGGUAUUGGGGUGGACAACAUGCAUUAUCUUAACGAUGGUCUUUGGAAGAUGGAACACUUAUCUUAGAUUGAGGAUUUUGAAAUGGAAACUCAAGUAACGUUUUGGCAUUCACAAGAUCAGAGGAAAAAACUUCUUUGAUGAAGCUCUAAUUAUUUAUAAUUCCAUGGACUCCCUAUCUUUUUUGGGUGUUAGUAUUAUUCUCAAGGAUAUGUUUUUCCUCAGUAUUAUUUUUAACUUUUUUUUUGAAGUAAAAUUGUUUAUGUUUUCACAAAUAUCACUUGCACUAGGGUGCUUUUGUUUAUAUGAAAUUAUACCAUAUGUUUUUGAAUGCUUA